CAUAUUCCAAUCAAUGCAAAACACCUUGCUAAUUUCUGAGAAAACGCAAAAACUACUGAAAUUACUGAUAACAACUGAAUUUUGAUCUACAGGCAUAUUUUGUUUCGACUUUCGGAGAAUGUGAGGAAUAAAAUAUGGCACAGCAGUCAGUUUUCCUUGUUAUGGUCAAUGGGCAAAUCGAAAGUGGAGUGUUUCCCGAAUUCAACGACUUAUACUUGAAGUACUCGUUUGUCCACGGCCCUGACUGGAUUAUAACUUCGGGCUUGGAAGACGGAAUUUCCCAAGUGUCUAGGAAAAGCAUAGAUGACCGCGGUCUUUUCACGUGGAAUUUUCCAAUUGAGGCAACUUUCAAAAGCUCAAAUCCUUACGGCUGGCCUCAGCUGGUUAUCAGCUGUUACGGAACAGAUGUUUUUGGCAACGAAGUUGUCAGAGGGUACACAUCUUGUCACAUUCCAAUUACAGCCGGAAGGCACAGAAGGAAACUGGGCAUGUUUGUGCCGCAGUCAUCAUCAUCAUUUCAGAAAUUCCUUGGGUGGUUCCUAGGAAAAAGACCGGAGUUCAUUGACCCCAAAGUAGUCGCACACUCAGAUGGACGCGAAGUAACUAGAGUGAGGUCUCAGGGAUAUGUGGGUGUGAGCUUCAAUGUGAUCACUAGGGACAUGAAGAAACUGGGCCUAGAUACCAUCCCCUCCGAAGUGUCCACUCACUCAGCAGUCACCGCACAAGCACUAUCUCAGGUUCACGAAUUCAGCAAAAACGUGCACUCUGAUCCCCUAUGAAGCUAUAAACUGAUAGUAAACGAAGUUCAUGGUCGCGCGAUGUGCUAUUCUAGUCCAUGGAAAGCGUCAUUAUUACUGUCGAAAUCCCCUAAAUAAUAUCAAAAAUGGUUCAAUUGAAAUUUUCUAAAUUUAUAAACCCUUAAUUCAGCUCAGUUCAUUUUGUACAUUCAAAACGUAAAUUGUAUUGUAUAACAAAGUGAUGCACACAAAUUCAGAAUUGAAUAUCUUGUCGUAUUUUG